AUGUCAUCUACCAGCGUGACUGAAGCUCCUACAAGCUACAAACUCGAGCUGCAUACUGCUUACGGUCCGGUCUUUCGUGAUGUCUUGAACACCAAACCACGCGAUGCUACCGAGGAAGAAGUGCCGAUCGUUGACCUCGCAGGCUUGUUCAGCAGCGCUGAGAGUCGCAAGAAAAUUGCCCAAGCCGUACGUACCGCAGGCACAAAUAUGGGUUUCUUCUAUAUCAAGAACCACGGCAUCGAUGACCAAGUGAUUGCAAAGGCAAAAUCUCAAUUCCUCAGUUUCAUCAAGCAAGACACCGAACUCAAGGAAAAGGUGUCGCAAGACAAGUCCAAGUACUUUAAUGGAUGGAAAGCUCCUCGCAGCACAAACAUCAGCCGUACCGAGUCGGUCGAUGUGAAGGAAAGUUUCAGCUGGCGCUACCAUCCCAAAAACGACCCUGACCAUCCUCAACCUCUAUCUUCUCUGCCCUCAGAAGUGCAACCCUGGAUCCGCGGAGAGGACUUUGUCUGGGAAGGAACUUCCCACCUCCCAGACUUCAAAACUGAUAUCCUGGCAUAUUGGAAAUCUUGUUUGCAGCUUGCAAGACAAUUGGUGAGGGUGUUUGCUCUGAGCCUGGACUUACCUGAGGAUUACUUCGAUUCGAGAACCACGUUUCCAGGUGCCGAUGGAGUGCUGAAUUACUACCCUGUAACCACGGCAGAAGAAACAGCAGCCAAUGCAGUGGGACUAGGUUCGCAUACAGACUUGCAACUUUUCACCUUACUCUGGCAAGAUGAGAUUGGCGGUCUGCAAGUCUUGACAAAAGACGGGCAGUGGAUCAAAGCAAAGCCAAGACCAGGGACCUUCGUUGUCAACAUCGGAGACUUCAUGAUGAGGCUUUCAAACGACUUCUUCAAGAGCACAGUGCAUAGGGUGUAUAACCAUGCACCUGUCGAGCGAGUCUCGAUGCCUUUCUUCUUCGGUUUGAACUUCAACUGCGUCGAAGGUGUCAUCCCAACAUGUACGAGUCCUGAGAACCCGCCCAAGUAUGAGCCGAUCAGCUGUGGCGAUUGGUGUCAACUCCGCUUCAAACUUGAAGCAGAGCGUAUGGCAAAGAUGCUAGCAGAGCGGGAGGCCACUGCCAGAUCGACAGCCCAGUCGACAGACUCCAAUUAA